AUGCCUGGGCGACUUAAUAGAGAAGAGCCUCCUUCCCAGCCGCCAUCCCAGCCGCCACAAGCUGAGAUGGAUAGAACAACGUCUACGGAAGAUAUCCCAGGGCAGCCCAACAUGGUACCAUGGCCCAUUUCACGAUCCUCUCCAGCUCAUGAUGACAACAGAAUUCCUGAUACGGAGAACAAUGGCAAGGAAACCAACGGCACCAAUAACUCCUCUCCUCGUCCUCAAUCUUCCCCAGGCCAUAUAGACGUGAGUAGAUGGGCACCCUCCGAUUAUCCAUUUAGGAUGGAGAAUACCACAUCUAUGGAAGACAUCCCAGGGCAGCCAGGAGGAAUUGAAAGGAACAAUAAUGCCACAAGCCUCCUAGGAGGAGAAGAGACAGACCAGCGACGGCAUCCUCAAACUCACACAAGCACCCCUACUGGGACUAAUUUGGGCCAAGGCGAGUCUGGCAAUCCUAAAUUUAUUGACUCCGAACCUAACGACGACUAA